AUGACACCUGAACUGAGCUUCAAAUCCUCUCCUCAGUCUCUUUCCGAAGCCCUCUCCACCACACCUCACGAGGAUGCGAAAACAGUGGUUGCAGCAGUUCCCAGUCUGACCAAAGAAGCUAAGCAACAAUACCUAAUAAAUCAGAUUAAAAAGCUGGUUGAAGACUGUGAAGAUUUUAUCGGCCUGGUUCCUGGUCCACAUGGUGUUCCUGAAGUUGUCGUUUCCCCGAAUCUCAAGAAGGAUAGGUGGGCCAUCAUCGGAGAAUCUCAUGGGACCUUUGCUCAAUACCUGUCCAUGCGCAGCCCCAGCGCUCCUGAGGGCGAAAACCUCAAAGCAAGAGCCCGCAAUAGACCCAGGAACGCCAGGUGGCGCAAUUACUUGGUCCGCGCAACGUCCUUUGAAGCGACACAGAUCCAAAACCAACCUCUGCUCAAGGAAUUCAUCAAGAUCCAGGUCUCAGCAGAGUGGUGGCGGAACAAGGCUCUGGGAGGCUCCCGCAUCUCAAAUCCGAGUGGAUGA